CAUCGAGUUCGAUCGAGUUCUCGCUGUGAUCAAAGACGGUUGUGUGUGAUUUCUAUGACCAUGUUUAACUGAACAGCUGGUAUAAGUGGGCUGUUAAAAGGGUAUGAGGUUCGUUGAUCCGCGUUAGGAUCUAUCGUCAAGUACGUAAAAUGUCUGUUGGUACUCCGCUGUAUUUAAUUUCACAUACCCAAAAGGUCUGCAGCCUUUAUAAAAGAGCUUUAAGGAAUUUAGAAUCAUGGUAUGAUAGACGUGAUGUUUUCCGUUAUGAAGCUGUGCUACUGAGACAGCGAUUUGAAGAAAAUCGUGAUGUAAAGGACAUGCGGAUAGCAAAACAGCUGCUGGAGAAGGGGGAGCAGGAGCUGUUUGAUAAACAGCAUUACCAACCAAAGAAGUUUCCUAAUUCUCCAGGAGGAACUGCGUACCAGCGUGAAGUUAUUCCACCAGACUGGGUAUUGGACUACUGGCACCCUCUUGAAAAAGCACAGUAUCCUGAAUACUUUGCCCGUCGUGAACUGCGGAAGAAACAGUUUAUUGAAAUGUGGGAAGAAAAAUAUGGGAAACCCCCUAAGGAAGAAACACAUCACUGAAUAGGAACUUACUUAGAUAGUAUAAUAAGCAGAGAAGACCGUGCAUUUAGCUUUGACUUGGUAGCUUCAAGUAAGUUGAAAAGAACUGUCAGUAGCUGGCAGUUGACAGUGUCUGCAGUGUUAUAUUUCUUAGCCAGUCACUGAUAUAUAUUUGUACGCGCAUUAUGAUAUGAAUACCUUUUGUACAUUGACAUGACAAUUAGAACUGUACAUAUAAUAAGUGCUAAUAAAGGUAUGUCCACUGAUA